CUGCAUAGCUAGUAGCUAGCUCGGGGUAUUCCUAUUAGGGGAGAGCUACUUGGACUAGUGGGAUUGAGGUCAAUUUUCGGUCCGUGACGAAACCGACACAGUCUCUGCUCUGGUGCCAAGAAUAAAGGGACAUACACGGAACGAGGCAUUUUAGCACCGGGCGGUGAGUGAAGGAAGCCAGAAGGAAGUAGACAGCCUUCGGAGAGUGUUGCGGCGCGAAUAGUACUACUUGAUUUCGCUGACACCGUUUCAGUCGUGUGUAAGCAGCCGACCGUUGCACGUAUCCGUAGGAAACGACGACGGACACCAUCCAUGGGUUAUCCGCGUCCCAUUCUCUGGUUACGACUAAUAAACUGACUAACGCGAUUCCGAAAAGAUGGAAUUGAACAGCAAUCCUGCGAUUUCUGCAAAGAACAACUCCAUUCAUGACGACGAGACAACAUUUAAGCAGUCACUUGGAAAUGGCGGAACCUAUGGAGCUUUUCAAUCGAAAGAUCCCAUCCUAGCGAUGGAAAAGGGUGGUGAUGCUAUCAAGGAUGGAAAUAACGAGCAUGGCAUCACUGUACAUCAUCCUACUUCGUACCUGGAAACCAUGAUGCAUCUGUUCAAGGGUAACGUCGGCUCGGGCAUCUUUGCGUUGGGAGACGCUUUUAAAAAUGCCGGACUGAUAUUGGCACCACCGUUAACGAUUUUUCUCGGCGUCAUCUGCGUACAUGCUCAACAUAUUCUUAUUAAAUGUAACGAAGAGGUGACACGCCGUGUUGGCAAUGACACAAACACAUGCGGAUUCGCCGGCACCGUGGAGAUGUGUUUUGCUACUGGACCCCUUGGACUCCGUAAAUAUUCGACUUUCAUGAGAAAAAUGGUUAAUAUAUUUUUGUGUAUCACGCAACUCGGAUUCUGCUGUGUGUAUUUCGUUUUUAUUUCCAAAAAUAUGAAGCAGGUGUUGGACGCGCACGGAAUCGAGAUGGACGUUCAUCAGCACAUGGUUGUAAUAUUGAUACCUAUAAUGCUUAGCACUUGGAUUAGAAAUCUCAAGUACCUAGUACCGGUAUCUUCGAUAGCGAAUUUUCUAGUGAUCUCGGGUUACAUCGCCACCAUGUAUAUCAUGAGCCAUGACGUACCAUCGAUAUACGAAAGGAGAUACGUUGCAGAUUGGAACAAUUUACCUCUGUUUUUCGGCACUGUGAUAUAUUCCUUUGAGGGUAUUACUCUAGUACUGCCAUUGAAGAAUGAAAUGAAGAAUCCUAAUAAUUUUAACAAACCGCUGGGUGUUCUCAACGUUGGUAUGGUGAUAGUCUGUUUUAUGUUCGUCGCAAUGGGUUUCCUGUCUUAUUUAAAGUAUGGUGAUACUGUUGCCGGUUCAGUCACGCUCAAUCUCACGCCAGGGGAGGUGAUGGACGGGGCAGCUAUCAGUCAAAUAAGCUUGCCGCAAUGCAUCAAGACUGCCAUUUCAUUAAGCAUAUUGUUUACGUAUGCCUUGCAAUUUUACGUCCCGAUCGCAAUAAUGUGGCCUAGCAUUGUUAAUCGAUACGGUCCCUUCAAAUGGCCGGUUCUUGCAGAGAUUAUCUUCCGUUCCGUCAUAUGUUUAAUCACAUUUAUCCUGGCAGAGGCGGUGCCGCAACUGGGUCUCUUCAUAUCCUUAGUUGGCGCAGUCAGUAGCACCGCGCUUGCUCUCAUCUUUCCUCCUAUUAUUGAGAUGAUCGUCCGCUGGCAUAACACUAAUCUCGGUUUCUUUACAAUCACGAAGGAUAUAACGAUAGUGCUGAUCGGUUUGUUGGGUUUCGCCACUGGAACAUAUGAGAGUCUGACAGCGAUCAUCAAGUCGUUCAGCAAAUGAACUCGAGCAGUCUACAAAUGCGCUUUGUAUAAAUUAUUCUUAAUUUCCUUCUCGUGAAACGCGGACCAUGACACCUACGAUAUUUCCGCGUGCGUAACUUGAUUUAAAUUUAUAUACAUAUACAUUUUUUCAAAUUUGACAUGUUUGUAGUCGGCUAUGUUUUAAAUACAGUUGAUAUUAGCCAUUUUAUAAUAACUCAUGUGUGAUAUUGAUAGAUGUAGUUGAUAAAAUAUAAUGAUUGUAUAUAAUGAUCGUUAUUAAUAAUAGUUAUUAUUAAUAAUAAUCACUCAGACAACACAAACUUUUCGAUUUUCAUAUUGCUUGGAUAUGGUACUUUACGUGUUCAAUGAACGUUUCCAUGUUUGGGCUUCCACUCGUAAUAAUGAAUUAAUACAAUAUGUAAUUUGCAUGACAUAAAAAAAUAGAUGAAUAAAAGUGCAUUGAUUUCUUUUCUCACGAUUAUAUACGCAAACUUUGCAGUAACUGGAAAAAUAAAAACAUAUUUUCUAGUGCUUGUUAUAUUACAUCGGAUUUUAGCAAAUUGUUCCUGUUUUAAUAAUAAAGGAAGA